AUGAGAGCUUCAACAAAGCACCAAUUCUGCUCCUCCAUUCUCUGCCUCACUUUACUCACUUUCUUCCCACUUGCCACCUCCAAAGACACCUUGUCUUCCCCUCAAUCCCUCCAAAACAACCAAACCCUUGUCUCCGCCGGCGGCGUCUUUGAGUUGGGCUUGUUCAAGCCCGGCGCAACUUCAGGUUGGUACUUGGGAAUUUGGUACAAAAAUAUCCAAGAAAAAACAGUUGUUUGGGUAGCAAACAGAGACAACCCAAUUUCAAAUUCAUCCUCAGCAACACUCAAACUUGGUGACCAUGGCAACCUUGUCCUUCUUGAUGGUGAAAAUGGAAACAUCACAUGGUCCUCUAAUGAAACCCAAGCUACGAGCCCAAUUGUUCAGCUUUUAGAUUCCGGCAAUCUGGUCCUCAGAGAUGGGAAUUUAAACCGAAACGGCCCGACAGACCAGUUCCUCUGGCAGAGCUUUGAUUACCCAACAGACACUCUUCUGCCAGAUAUGAAGUUGGGGUGGAACUUAAGCUCAAACUUGGACAGGUACAUAACCUCAUGGAAAAGCACAGAAGACCCAUCAACAGGUGAUAUUUCUUUCAAGCUAGACUACCGCGGUUUCCCGGAGAUUUUCCUGAGAAAUAAACAGAGUAUAACGUACCGCAGCGGCCCCUGGAACGGGGAGAGGUUCAGCGGUGUGCCGGAGAUGACACCUUCAGACGGUAUCCAAUUCAAUUUCGUGGCCAAUUCAGAAGAGGUCUACUACUCUUUUUCGGUACGCAGCAAUUCAGAGUCGUUUUAUUCACGAUUGAUUGUGAACCCAAAUGGGGAGCUUCAACGCCUGACGUGGAUCGAAAGCAGAAACAUGUGGAACAAAUUUUGGUACGCCCCAAAAGACCAAUGCGACGAUUACAGCGAGUGUGGUCCGUAUGGCAUUUGUGACUCAAAUGCUUCUCCGGUUUGCAAGUGCUUGAAGGGUUUUGAGCCCAAGAACUUGCAGACGUGGGAUUUGAGGGAUGGGUCUGAUGGGUGCGUGAGGAAAACGGAUUUGGAGUGUUCGAAGGACAAAUUUUUGGCUCUGGGGAACAUGAAGCUGGCGGAGAGCGGCGGCGCUUUCGUGGACAUGAACAUGAGCCUGGAGGCGUGUAAGAAAAAGUGUUUGGAGAGUUGUAAUUGCACCGCGUAUUCCGACGCGCGGAUAUCAGCUGGAGGAGGCUCAGGCUGUGUCAUGUGGACUGGGGACCUCUUGGACAUGAGACAAUAUGCAGAAGGUGGACAACAUUUCUAUGUGAGAUUGGCCGCUUCUGAACUAGAUGGAGAUGGGAAAACGAAACGAUUAAUCAUGAUUGUGGGCAUUGUAGUUGGUAUUGGCAUUCUGCUAGCAGGACUUGCUAUCUGUUUUGUAUGGAAGAGGAAAUUGGCUAUUAUGAACCGAGGAAGAAUAGAACAAAAAGGUCCUAAUGAAAGAAGCCAGGAUUUUCUGCUAAAUGGGGUUGUUAUCACAAGUAAGAAGGAGAGCUACUCAGGUGAAAGGGGCAAUGAUGAGCUAGAGUUGCCAUUGCUUGAUUUUAGCACUGUAGCAGUGGCCACGGAUAACUUUUCUGAUGAAAAUCAACUGGGACAGGGUGGUUUUGGUUGUGUUUACAAGGGUACGUUGGUAGAAGGUGAAGUAGUUGCUAUCAAGAGACUUUCGAAGAACUCUGGACAGGGAACGGAAGAAUUCAAAAACGAAGUGAAGUUAAUCGCAAGGCUUCAGCACCGAAAUCUUGUCCGACUGCUUGGUUGCUGCGUUGAUAUGGAUGAAAAGAUGCUGAUUUAUGAAUACAUGGAGAACAAAAGCCUGGAUUCUGUUUUGUUCAGUCAAGCAAAAAGGUCUAUGCUGGAUUGGCAAAAGCGUUUCGAGAUUAUUUGUGGGAUUGCUCGAGGACUUCUUUAUCUUCACCAGGAUUCUAGAUUUAGAAUUAUUCAUCGGGAUCUCAAGGCAAGCAAUAUUUUGCUUGAUGGAGAAUUGACCCCGAAGAUUUCGGACUUUGGAAUGGCUAGAAUAUUUGGUAGGGAUCAGACAGAAGCCAAUACCAGAAGAGUUGUGGGAACAUAUGGAUAUAUGUCUCCUGAAUAUGCCAUGGACGGGCUCUUCUCGAUCAAGUCUGAUGUCUUUAGUUUCGGUGUUCUAGUGUUGGAGAUCAUUAGUGGUAAAAAGAACAGGGGAUUUUAUACUCAAACAGCUUGGAAGCUAUGGACAGAAGGAAGUGGGUCGGAAAUAAUUGAUCCCUCCGUUGGGGAUUCAUAUUCCCCCUCCGAGGUGUUGAGAUGCAUGCAAGUUGGACUUUUAUGCGUCCAAGAGCGCGCGGAAGAUAGGCCUACAAUGUCGUCUGUGGUUCUAAUGUUGAGUAGUGAAACUGCAACAAUGCCUCAGCCUAAAAAUCCUGGUUUUUGCCUAGAAAGGAAUAAAAAUCCACUUGAAACAGAUUCUUCCUCUAGCAAGCAAGACCAAUCCUGCACUGUAAACCACGUAACAGUCACAAUGCUGGAUGGUAGGUAG